GCUUCCGCCCGCCUCCCGGUGUCACGCGACGGUCUCCACCUCCCGCCCUUCCCUCUCUACCUCCCGGCCCUCCCGGCCAGUGAUGAGAUAUUCGGACAGGUGGGGAAGUGGCCACGGCAAUCGAAAUCACGUCCACGAGCGCGACCAUGGCCGAGUGUCACACCCAGAAUAAAGCCAAGCUCGUCUCUGAGACCCGACGGAGAUUCGAAGCUGAUUACGUGACAGAUAAGUCAGAUAAAUAUGAUCCACGUGAUGUUGAAAGGCUACAACAAGAUGAUAACUGGGUUGAAAGUUACUUACUUUGGAGGCAUAAUAAUGUCGAUGAAACACUGAAGAUGCUUGAUGAGAGUUUUCAGUGGAGGAAAGAAAUGUCUGUCAACGACCUCACUGAAUCUUCCAUUCCCAGAUGGUUAUUGGAAAUAGGUGGUAUUUAUCUGCACGGUUAUGACAAAGAAGGCAACAAGUUGUUCUGGAUCAGGGUGAAGUAUCACAUAAAAGACCAUAAAACCACACUGGACAAAAAGAAGCUUAUCGCAUUCUGGUUGGAACGUUAUGCUAAAAGAGAAAAUGGGAAACCUGUAACAGUGAUGUUUGACCUGUCAGAAACUGGAAUAAAUAGCAUAGACAUGGACUUUGUGCGCUUUAUCAUCAACUGCUUUAAGGUUUAUUACCCUAAAUACCUCUCAAAAAUGGUGAUCUUUGAUAUGCCUUGGAUAAUGAAUGCUGCUUUCAAAAUUGUGAAAUCCUGGCUUGGACCAGAAGCAGUGAGUUUGUUGAAGUUUGCAAGUAAAAAUGAAGUCCAAGACUAUGUCAGUGUAGAAUACCUGCCUCCCCACAUGGGUGGAACUGAUCCUUUCAAGUAUAGCUACCCACCGCUAGUAGAUGAUGAUUUCCAGACACCAUUGUGUGAAAAUGGACCUAUUGCCAGUGAAGAUGAAGCUUCAAGUAAAGAAGAUCUAGAGAGUGAUGGCAAAGAAACCUUGGAAACAAUUUCCAGUGAAGAACAAACAGCUCUUCUAAAAAAGAUUAAUGUUACCGAACAUACUUCCAAAGCAGAGGAAAAUGAAAAGGUUGAUUCCAAAAUGAAAGCUUUCAAAAAACCAUUGAGUGUGUUUAAAGGGCCCUUACUACACAUCAGCCCAGCAGAAGAACUGUAUUUUGGAAGUACAGAAUCUGGAGAGAAGAAAACUUUAAUAGUGUUGACAAAUGUAACUAAAAACAUUGUGGCGUUUAAGGUGAGAACAACUGCUCCAGAAAAAUACAGAGUCAAGCCAAGCAACAGCAGUUGUGACCCUGGAGCUUCAGUUGACAUAGUUGUGUCUCCCCACGGGGGUUUAACAGUCUCUGCCCAAGACCGUUUUCUGAUAAUGGCUGCAGAAAUGGAACAGUCAUCUGGCACGGGCCCAGCAGAAUUGACUCAGUUCUGGAAAGAGGUUCCCAGAAACAAAGUUAUGGAACAUAGGUUAAGAUGCCAUAUUGUUGAGAGCAGUAAACCAACCACCCUUACAUUAAAAGACAAUGCUUUUAACAUGUCAGAUAAAACCAGUGAAGAUCUUUAUCUACAACUCAAUCGUUUACUAGAAAGCAAUAGGAAGCUUGAAGACCAAGUUCAGCGGUGUAUCUGGUUCCAGCAGCUGCUGCUUUCUUUAACAAUGCUCUUGCUUGCUUUUGUCAUGUCUUUCUUCUAUUUGUUGUACACUUAAAGAAGUGGAGUUCAGUGAGAAACAUGGCUCUUUCACUCAUUAGUUGGAAAAAGACCCAGAACUUCAUGUUACUAAAAGUUUUGCACAUCUGUGCUUCCUGAAAGGAAACGUGCAACACUUAGAGGGGAACAAAUACGUGUCUCGAAAAUAAACUCUGUUAGAAUGAGGAAACACUGGAGAAAUUGAGUAUAAGAGAUCAUAGUUAUAGUUAAUAAAGUCAAGGCAUAGCCAUUGUGUAAAUUAAUACUUUAGAUAUAAUUUAUUUUUUCCUUUUGAUUUGAAUACUUCUAAAGUUUGUUUUAUUAUAUGUAUACAUUAGCUGGACUGAAAAGUAGAAGUAACAAGCUUUGUCACAGCCAAAAAAUGUAAUCUUUUUUUUAUGACAAAAUCAUUAUAGCUGAGCCAACUUAUUAGCUUUUCUAUACUAUGUAUAUAGAACAUGUAUAUUGAAAAAAAAACCCGUACUUAAUACAGAUUAAUUUCUGUGAACAUGACUUUGUAAUUUUGAGAAUUCCUUCCAGAUGCUAGUCAAUAUUCUUUGGGUAUGUGAAACAAUUUAAUGCCAAACCACCUUUUAGCCUUUGUUUCUUAUCUGUCUUCCUUAACAGUCUGCCUUUUAUUAAUCUCGGACUUUUUUAUGAACACUCACAUUUAGACAGAAUUUGGGAAACUAAGUUUGCUUGGGUUUUCUUGGUCCUCUCUUCCAGUCUUUUUUAUGCAGUUUCCCAUCGCUCACUGGGGCGGGACACUGACCCCCAUGCUGCAUUUCUUAUAAGGGUCUAAUCCUCCUUUUUCUAAAUGACAGGAGUGAAAAUUUCUUUGAAACCUUGGUUUUGAGAUGCAGAGCAGAAUUCAUUCACAUUUCAGUUUCGCGUGAAAAUCGGCCACAAGAAGGAAACUUGACACAACACUGGAGUACCUAUAAGCGUGGGGGGAAAAAAAUCAAAACUCAAGUGUCGGUUCUCCAUUUAGGAAUGAAAACUAGAAUUCCUAGACCAGGGCUGUUGCACUUGCUGGAUACUCUGCCUUCGUCACAGUAAUCCUGAGGGUGGUCCCUAAAUUCCUAAAAUGAUACAACUUGCAGGGGCAGAGGCGGAUGAAAUCAGUUUGUUUUCUCGCUUAUACAGCCAUUUUCAGUUCUUGUCGGUUCACAUGUAACUAUCUGAAAGAAAACAUAGUCUGCCUGUUAAAUAAAUGUUGAGUUUUGAUUGA